AUAGUUAGCUCGACGCCGCAGUUUUACUUCUGGCUUCGUGGCUCAAUGAACUAAUUAGCCGACGUUUAUUUCUCGUUAUCGCUUCACCGCAAACCUGGAAAAAUGUCACGUUUGACAGCGACCCUCGCAGCCGCGCUGCUCAUCAGCCUGGAGGCUUCAGGGAAAACUGUGAAGGGGCUCUUCAGGAGCGAAGCUGCGAGGCAGGAAAAUGGCCAGUUCAUCACCAAAUUCAUGUACCAAGGUGACAACGGUUUGUUGGUGUGUCGACUGGACAAUCCACCCCUGGCAGGAGAGAAAGAGGCCAAACUGCUGCUGUUCCAGGACAUGGACUCGGACCUGGACAACCUGAGCUGCUCCCAGCGACUCAGCAAGGCCCACUUUACCAUUCCCCUCAACCAGGAAGAACGCAACCAGACGAUCCCUCGUCAGUCUUCGCCCACAGCCUGGCAGGUCCUGUUUGCUGACAGAUACACGUGUGAGGAAAGCUCAGUAACUCCCGCCUACUCAGAUCUCAGCUUCACUCUCCUGCUGUUCAAUCCCGACUCUGCUGGGAACCCGCUGGAUCACUUCAGCGCAGAGGAAGCAGGUCUGCACAGUUUCUACUUUCUCUUGCUGCUCGCCUACUUCAUCGCUUGCUGCAUCUACAUCCAGCCUUUAUAUCAGGCCCUGAAGAAAGGGGGCCCCAUGCACACCGUUCUCAAGGUUCUGACAAUGGCGCUGACUCUACAAGGCUGCUCCGCUCUCUGCAACUACAUCCACCUGGCCAGGUACUGCAGAGAUGGUGCUGGCGUCCCUCUGAUGGGCAGUCUGGCAGAGUUCUGGGAUAUGGUGUCCCAGGUUUCCAUGCUGUACAUGUUACUGAGCCUGUGUAUGGGCUGGACUCUGAGUCGAGGCAGGAAGCCUCAGUCCAGACCCCUGCAGUGGGAACGGUCCCCAGCUUCGACGGCCGUAGCUGUUGGGGGAAUGGUCACACAGGGAGUGCUGCUGCUGUGGGAGCAGUACUCUGAGGCACAUGAACAUCACAGCUACCACACCCAGCAGAGUCUAGCAGGUCUCCUCCUCGUGGCUCUGAGAGUGGGCCUCUCCCUCCUGCUGGCCUCUGUCCUCUACCAGAUCAUCUCCACAGAGAGAAGCACCUUGAAGAGAGACUUCUACCUCAGCUUUGCCAAGGGCUGCUUCCUGUGGUUCCUCUGUCACCCCGUCCUCAUUCUUAUGUCUGUGAUCUUCAACGACCACCAGAGGGAGAAGGUCAUCACUAUCGGCGUGAUCCUCUGCCAGUCCAUCUCCAUGGUGAUCCUGUACCAGCUCUUCCUGUCUCGCUCACUCUACUGGGAGGUGUCCUCCCUCUCCUCCGUCUCUUUGCCGCUCACCAUGUCCAGAACCAACCACAGGGGGCGCUUAUGAGCACAACUGCAGUCCCAGAUUCUGAGCUUAGGUUGAGGACUGAAGCUUCUCCUCAAACAAACCUCCGUCUCUGUCAGAGGAGGUGCUCAGACGCUGCGGGAACCGUUCUCCUGCACUGUCAUCUGUCUCAAAUUAUAUCUACUAUUGAACCGUAGCAGGACGGCAGUAUUUACUGCAACAUACUACCUCUGACUUCUAACUGGAGCCUGUGGCUGGAGGAAAGGUUCGGUGCAAAACCUCUUUGAGGGUCUCUGGUAUUCAAAGAUGCAUGGCCAAGCAUGCAUCAGCUAGUGGGGAUUAACUUGGGACAGUGCAAAAUCACAAGCUGAUAUUAGAUUAUUUGAAAGGUCCUAGCUGCAAAUUAGCCAUGAAUGGAGCUGUGGUAUUCUGCUCUGAAUGUCUGCACGGAGAUAUGGUGCCUUGCAACAAUAUUCAGACCCCUUUGUCAUAUUUUAUGACCAUAAACUUCAGUGUAUUUUAUUUGGAUGUUAUGUGAUAGACUGACCGAGAUUGAGGAAGUGCAUAACAGUGAAGUAGAAGGAAAAUACACGGUGAGUGAGGUUUUACCACAGAUGAACAGCCCUGGCUGUAUGUUUAGGGUUGUUGUGUUGCUGGAAGGUGAACUUCCACCCCAGUAUCAAGUGUUUUUCAGCCCCUUCCAGAUUUUCUUCCAGGAUUGCCCUGCAUUUAGCCUCCUCCAUCAAUCCUGACCAGCUUUCCUGUCUGUUCUGAAGAAAAGCGUCCCCACAGCAUGAUGAUGCUGCCUCCGCCAUGUUCCACCACAGGGAUUGUGUGUUCAGGGUGUUAGUUCCCCAACAUGCAUAUCAUUUUGCCACCAAAAAGUUAGAUUCUGUUCUUGUUUGACCCUUCUUGCACGUUUGCAAGAAGUGUUUUACAUGCCUUGUAGCAAAUGGCAAACAGGAACUCUUAGGGUCUUCUCGCCACUUUUCUGUAAAGAGCACAUUUGUGGAGAGCACCACCAACAUUUGUCAUGUCGGUAGAUUCCCAUAUCUGAGCUGUGCAUCUCUGCAGCUCCUCCAGAGAUACCAUUGGCCUCUUGGCUGCCUCUCUGAUGAAUGCUGUCUUCUCCUAGCCUAGUUCUGAAACUUCUGAGGCCUUCAGAGAACAGCUGGAUUUAUACAGUGAUAUAAUUACUAAUUAUGUGACUUGUGAAGACAGUGGAAUGUAUUUUAGGGUAUCGGGGUUAAGGGGACCAGAUGCAAACACACGCCACUUUUCCCAA